AUGGCGGACGAAGCAGAAGGAGCAGUGAGGGAAUUUGGCCCCUCAGUGGCAACUCCCUCAGCGAUCCGACGUCCUACUAUUGCAGCCAACAAUUUUGAUAUCAAACCAGCCAUGAUCACCAUGCUGCAGAAUUCAUCCGUAUUUUGUGGUUUGCCGAAUGAAGAUCCCAAUAUACAUCUUGCGAUAUUUUUGGAGAUUUGUGACACGUCCAAAUUCAACGGGGUACCUGACGAUGCGAUUCGUUUAAGGCUAUUCCCCUUCUCCUUGAAAGAUAAAGUCAAACUUUGGUUACUGUCACAGCGACAAGACUCCAUCCGUACUUGGGAUGAUUUAUCUAAGAAAUUCCUGGCUAAAUUUUUCCCACCAGCCAAAACUGCAAAAUUCCGACGAGAUAUUAUGUCAUUCGCUCAAUAUGAAAAGGAGCCUCUAUAUGAAGCCUGGGAACGAUUCAAAGAUUUAUUGCGCAAGUGUCCUCACCAUGAGCUACCAACCUGGAUUCAAGUUCAAACUUUCUACAAUGGGUUGAGUCAAACAAGCAGGACAUUAGUUGAUGCAGCUGCUGGAGAGGCUUUAAUGGCAAAAACGGCUACCGAAGCAUUUGAAUUAUUGGAGACCAUGCCAUCCAACAACUACCAAUGGCCGAGCCCUCAUCCAAGUUCAGAGUGCACCACAAGGAACCCAUUCGCGUCCGUUGAGCAAGUAAAUCAAGUUGUAGAAUUUAAUCGACAAAGGAAUGAUCCUUAUUCCAACAUGUACAACCCCGGUUGGCAAAACCAUCCAAAUUUUUCAUGGAGCAAUACUCAGAAUGUGCAGAGAUCACCACCUGGCUUUCUGGUUCAAGAAAAGAAAAUAAAUUUGGAAGAUGCGCUUACCCAGUUGACUAUGUCUACCACCCAAUUUAUGACGGAAACAAAAAUCCAGUUUCAGAAUCAAAGCGUUUCUAUUCGAAAUUUGGAGAUGCAAGUAGGCCAACUAGCUAAUGUAUUGAGUGGAAGAAAUCAAGGAGUAUUGCCAAGCCAACCCGUAAUUAAUCUGAAAAAUCAAGAACAAGUAAUGGCAAUCACAAUUCGGGAAAAGAAGCAACCAUAUGUCCCACCGAUCCCUUUUCCGCUGAGGCUGAAGAAAAAUAAAAUUGAUAAGCAAUCUUCUAAUUUCUUGGAGACGUUCAAAAAGGUGCAAAUCAACAUUCCAUUCGCUUCAGCUUUGGAACAAAUGCCAAGUUCUGAAAAAUUCAUGAAAGACAUCCUCUCGAAGAAAAGGAAAUUUGGUGAUCAUGAGAAAAUCCAACUGACUGAGGAAUGUUCUAGCAUUAAUUUACUACCUUUAUAUGUUGCUAAAAAGAUUGGUAUUAGUGAAAUUAAACCAACUACUGUCUCUUUGCAAAUGGCGGACAAAUCAAUCACUUAUCUUGAUGGAAUUAUUGAAGAUGUUCUAGUAAAAGUUGAUACACUCAUAUUUCCGACUGAUUUUCUGGUUUUGGAUAUGGAAGAAGAUCCUGAAACACAAUUAAUUUUGAGCCGUCCAUUCCUGAUUACUGGACGAACUCUGAUUGACGUGGAAGAAGGGCUACUAACUGUCAGAGUUGUGAAUGAAAAAGCGACAUUCAAAGUUUUUGAACCGAUAACAUUUCACGGAAAAGCAAAGGAAAAUGAGACUCUGAGCCAUCCAUCUCCAAAGUUGACAAACCAAGGGUUCCCGGAUCUACCUUGUACUUGUAUGAACUAA